AAAUUUAUAGAACAGAACUUAGGAAGGGGAAAGAACACUCAUGUUCAUUUUAGCUACACAGACACCAACAGAGGCUUUCAUAGGUACGUAAGGCUGUGAUUGUCUUUAAUAUCCCUGGGGCUGAAGUGGUAGGAUAGUGCAGUGAUCCCUGAUUCCACAUGGAAUGUUAAGAGGGAGUAUAGCAAGCUCCUGAUAUUGAGUUCUCAGAGGGCUGCAGAGCGAGGCAAGCCCAAGACUGUUGAAACUGCAGGUCAACCAGAGUCUGCAGCAUCUGUACUUGCUUCUGGAGAAGCCCCAUUAUGUGCUGGUGCAUCUCCACCUCCUUUUCCUGCUGGGACUCCUAGACCUUUCUCCCCUCCCCUUUCCUUCUCGGGGCUCUUCACAAUGUUUAUUCUGCAGGCCCUGUGUUCACAGUCCAGUGGAGCACUGGCUUGCAGGAUCUCAUUGAACGUGUCAUCCCAAGUUGUCUUCCUUCUUCUUAUCUAGCUCAGAUAUUCUGUAGAUGUGAAGGCAAAGACUUUGAUGGCCACAUGGCAUCCACUUACACAAUUUGGAUGUAGGUGGUUAUUAUUUUUGCAGCCACAAGGACUAAAAACUUAGUUUUAUUUUAAUGAAAACCUAAAUUCUGCAGAAGCCAACAGGACACUUUUUUAAAAUCAGACCAAGAUUUCAACUCAUUCUUUGGCAGGCAGACUUUAAACUGGAUAGCUAGCAGACAGCACUAUUAAGAGGGUGGGGUAGUAAAAUUAACUUGUGGCUAUAUUCAGCAUGUGGAAGAGGGAUUUAUGCCCAGCUGUCUCUGACAAUCCAAUCUUUCAAGGUAUUUAAAAAUCAUAUGGUGCAAAGGGGACUCAUUGGUCUGCACAGCAUCAUGCAUGGUUACACAGUUGUAUUAACAAUCACACAGACAGAAGGGAAAAUGUUGUUACACAGACAGACAUCACCGCUUCCUCUUUACUAAUUAUUUAAUUGGGGACUAGAAAAGUGGUACUCUCCCAAUUCCAGAGUCUUAAAGCCAGAAAUCAGUCAGUGUGGCUGUAUAUAACUUAACAGAAGGAGCAACUCUCUUCUCAGGUGCUUUGACCAGCAAAGAAACAGAGAGGGUGAUCGCUGUCGUUAGGCUUCAGAGUUAACACCCAAUGUAAGGGUCAAUAUAACUACACCUUAUACUAACAAGUGCGGAGAUGGUGGGGCCCCAAAACACCGCAGCCAGACAACGCCCUUAGCGGGUCCGCCGCUGGGGAAAGACAGAGACCCGGAGGAGAGGGAACUGGAGAACACCUGUCUGCACACCGACACUGCAGACCGCCCGCGCCAUUUUGCCCUGGGCUGUAUUGCGCAACACGGCGCGGCAGUCUGCUGAGGCGCCCUCCGGGCGGAAGGAUACGGGGCGGAGCCUCCGGCUCAGUCCGCCGGGGCGCUGAGUCCUGUUGCCGGGUGACGGAGCUGUCGGCCCUCCUCCCUCCCUCCCCGUGGUGCUGGGAGCCGCCGCCGGUUUACGUAACGCCUCCCAGGGCAGGUCCCGGCUCCGUCCCGCCCGCCUCACUCGGGGACGGCAGCAGCGGGACGGAGUCCGCCGCCUCCUCCGGCUGCUAGAGGCCCCCGGGCCCCGCUGUGCGCCUCCACCGCCACGGCAGGUCCUGCUGGGGACUUGCAUCUGGUCUCAAUGUGAAAUUAAGGUAGAAAAACACAUCUUCAUAUGUGUUUGCUAGUAGGAUUUAGUUUAUUCACUGGUCAUGCCUGAAGAGUGAUGUUCGUCUCUAAAUGGCUAACUGCCAGGAAAUAUAAAUGAUUGUCCUAGAAGUCAAGCCUCUCUCCUAUUUACUGGAGUGAAAAUCACCUCCAGAUAUCGACGGAAUAUCAACUACAGAAAAUGCUUCACGUUAUAAGGAUGCCAACCACCUAGAUUCAUGCGCCCUAUCUGUACAAUUGUUGUGGAUGGUUUGCCAUCUGAAAGCUCCUCAAGCUCUUAUCCAGGCCCUGUAUCUGUUUCUGAAAUGUCUCUGCUUCAUGCUUUGGGCCCAGUGCAGACCUGGCUGGGACAAGAGCUAGAGAAGUGUGGCAUUGAUGCCAUGAUAUAUACUCGGUAUGUCCUCAGUCUUCUGCUGCAUGAUAGCUAUGACUACGACCUGCAGGAACAGGAGAAUGACAUCUUCCUGGGCUGGGAAAAAGGAGCUUACAAGAAAUGGGGAAAGAGUAAGAAAAAGUGUUCUGAUCUAACACUAGAGGAAAUGAAAAAACAGGCAGCUGUCCAGUGUCUUCGCUCUGCUUCUGAUGAAAGCUCUGGGAUCGAAACUUUAGUGGAGGAGCUUUGCUCCAGGCUAAAAGACCUUCAGAGUAAGCAAGAGGAGAAGAUUAACAAAAAGUUAGAGGGUUCUUUGUCUCCUGAGGCUGAUUUAUCUCCCACAGCAAAGGAUCAAGUGGAAAUGUAUUAUGAAGCAUUUCCUCCUCUUUCUGAGAAGCCAAUUUGCCUGCAAGAAAUUAUGACUGUAUGGAAUAAAUCCAAAGUUUGCUCUUACUCUAGCUCCUCAUCUUCAUCCAAUGCUCCACCAACUAGCACCGAUACAUCCUCUCCAAAGGACUGCAAUAGUGAAAGUGAAGUAACUAAAGAGAGAAGUAACAAAGUGUCUGCCACUGUACAUGAAAGAACCCAGCAGAAAAAAAGUAAAACUGAGAGAGAGAACAAGUUCAGUAAUGGCACUGUUGAAGAUAAGCCUGCUUUAUAUAAAAAGCAAGUCCGACAUAAGUCUGAGGGAAAGAUACGUCCUCGCUCCUGGUCGUCUGGUUCCAGUGAAGCAGGCUCAAGUUCAAGUGGUAAUCAAGGUGAAUUAAAAGCAUCAGUGAAAUGUAUUAAAGUAAGACAUAAAACAAGGGAGGUUCGAAAUAAAAAGGGGCGUAAUGGGCAAAGCAGGCUUUCAGUGAAGACUGGUGAAAAGACUGAAAGAAAAAUCCAUAGUGGAAGUAGCAGCAGCAGUGGAUCGAUCAAACAGCUGUGUAAAAGGGGUAAAAGACCAUUAAAAGAAAUUGGAAGGAAAGAAACUGGCAGUAAGGAUGGAAAAGAUCUGUAUUUAAACAGCAGAAACGAAAAGGAAUAUAAAGAAGAACCCUUGUGGUAUACUGAGCCGAUUACAGAAUACUUUGUUCCUCUGAGCAGAAAAAGUAAGCUUGAGACUACGUACCGCAACAGGCAAGAUACGUGUGAUAUAACAUCAGAGGCUGUAGAAGAAUUGUCCGAAUCAGUGCAUGGUCUUUGUAUUAGCAACAAUAAUAUUCAUAAAACAUACCUCGCAGCAGGUACUUUUAUUGAUGGUCACUUUGUAGAAAUGCCUGCAGUUCUAAAUGAGGAUAUUGACCUCACUGGGACCUCAAUAUGUUCUCAACCAGAGGACGACAAAUAUUUGGAUGAUGUUCAUCUGUCAGAACUAACACACUUCUAUGAAGUGGAUAUUGAUCAAUCCAUGUUGGAUCCUGGUGCCUCAGAUAAAAUGCAAGGAGAAAGUCGGAUUUUGAAUAUGAUUCGACAGAAAAGUAAAGAGAAAUCUGAUUUUGAGGCAGAAUGUUGCAUAGUGUUAGAUGGAAUGGAGUUGCAAGGGGAAAGUGCAAUAUGGACAGAUUCAACCAGCUCUGUUGGUGCUGAAGGGUGGUUCUUGCAAGACCUUAGUAAUUUAGCUCAAUUUUGGGAGUGCUGUUCAUCUUCUAGCUCUGGUGAUGCAGAUGGAGAAAGUUUUGGAGCAGAUUCUCCUAUCUUAGACAGCACAAUGCUUAAUUCACACAUGCUUGCUGGUAAUCAAGAGCUCUUUUCGGAUAUUAAUGAAGGGUCUGGCAUAAACUCUUGUUUUUCAGUGUUUGAAGUGCAAUGCAGAAAUUCUGUUUUACCAUUUUCUUUUGAAACACUCAAUUUGGGAAAUGAAAAUGCAGAUUCUAGUAGCAGUGCUAAUAUGCUUGGAAAGACACAGUCUAGAUUGCUAAUAUGGACCAAAAAUAGUGCCUUUGAUGAAAAUGAACACUGUUCCAAUCUUUCAACAAGAACUUGUAGUCCCUGGUCACACUCGGAAGAAACACGUUCAGACAAUGAAACUUUAAAUAUUCCAUUUGAAGAAUCCACGCAAUUUAAUGCAGAAGAUAUAAAUUAUGUAGUUCCUAGGGUGUCUUCAAGUUACGUAGAUGAAGAAAUUCUAGAUUUUUUUCAAGAAGAAACCUGCCAGCAACAAGCUAGAACUUUAGGAGAAAUACCCACUUCGGUUUUCAAAAAAAAAUCUAAACUAGAAUCUGUCUGUGGUAUUCAGCUAGAACAAAAGGGAGAAGGUAAAGAUUAUGAAACAACACAAGUGUCUAGUGAAAGCAGCCCACAUGGAGAUGGCUAUAGCUCAGGGGUUAUUAAAGACAUUUGGACAAAUAUGACAGACAGAAAUUCUGCAGCAAUGGUAGAGAUAGAAGGAAUAGAAAAUGAAUUGUUUUCAACUGAUGUAAAUAACUACUGUUGCUGUUUAGAUACUGAAGCAAAAGUUGAAACCCUCCAGGAACCUAAUAAGGCAGUGCAGAGAUCAGAGUAUCAUCUUUGGGAAGGUCAAAAAGAGAACUUGGAGAAGAGAGCAUUUGUUGCAAAUGAUUUAUCAGAAAUAGAUGGUGGUGAUUAUACUACGCCAUCAAAACCUUGGGACAUAAACCAGGAUAAAGAAAACUCAUUUAUACUUGGUGGUGUAUAUGGGGAGCUCAAAACAUUUAAUAGUGAUGGAGAAUGGGCACUAGUGCCCCCUAGUCACACAAAAGGAAGCUUAUUACAGUGUGCAGCUUCUGAUGUAGUGACAAUAGCUGGUACAGAUGUCUUCAUGACACCAGGAAACAGCUUUGCUCCUGGUCACAGGCAAUUAUGGAGGCCAUUUGUGUCGUUUGAACAGAAUGAGCAAUCGAAGAAUGGAGAUAAUGGAUUGAAUAAGGGGUUUUCUUUUAUCUUCCAUGAAGACUUACUGGGAGCUUGUGGUAACUUUCAAGUUGAAGAACCUGGACUUGAAUAUUCAUUCUCUUCCUUUGACCUGAACAAUCCAUUUUCACAAGUUCUUCAUGUAGAAUGUUCAUUCGAAUCAGAAGGAAUUGCAUCUUUCAGCCCAAGUUUUAAACCCAAAUCAAUUCUGUGCUCUGAUUCAGACAGUGAAGUUUUGCAUCCCAGGAUAUGUGGGGUUGACAGGACGCAGUACAGGGCUAUACGGAUUUCUCCAAGGACUCACUUUCGCCCAAUUUCUGCAUCUGAGCUUUCUCCAGGGGGUGGAAGUGAGUCAGAAUUUGAGUCAGAAAAAGAUGAAGGAAGUAUUCCAGCCCCUUCCCAAGUAGAUGUGUUUGAAGAUCCACAAGCAGAUCUCAAACCACUAGAGGAAGAUGCAGAAAAAGAGGGGCAUUACUAUGGAAAGUUAGAGCUUGAAUCGGGAAAAUUCCUUCCCAGAUUAAAGAAGUCUGGAAUGGAGAAGAGUGCACAAACAUCACUGGAUUCCCAGGAAGAAUCAGCUGGAAUGUUGCCAGUUGGAAACCAAAAUCCCUGCUUAGAGUGCAGUAUGAAAGAAUCACUAGGUAUGAGGGAUAUGGAAAAUUCCAAAAUAAACUGCAGAAUAGUGGAGCAACAUGAAGAAAUUAACAGGUUUUGCAGUUGCAAAGCGGGUUGCCAUUUCCCUACAUAUGAGGAUAAUCCUGUUUCUUCAGGAGAGAUGGAAGAGUUUCCUAUAUUGAACGCUGAUCUGCAGACAACGAGUGGCAGCCAGGAAAAGCAGUCCUGGUGGGAAAAGGCACUCUAUUCGCCACUCUUUCCUGCAUCACAGUGUGACGAAUGUUACACAAAUGCCAAGGGAGAGAAUGGUGUGGGAGAAUACCUGGAUGUAAAGGAAGUUCCCAACAAUGAAGAACAUCUUUUAGAUUUUAAUAUGGUUUCUUCUGUUCAUGAAGCAAGGUGUACAGAUGGUAGAAAUUCUGGAGCAAAACCAAAUGGCUUCAGGAAGAAAAUAUACUCCAGUGAUAGCUCCAGCUCUGAAGAGACAGCUUCAGAAGGUGGAAGUGAAUGGGCUGAUCCUUGUGAGGAGGAGCUUUUUUCUCGAACUCACCUAUAAAACUCCAGAAUACAACAAAUGAUUUAAAAGUAACAUGAGAUGGAAAACUGUCCUUCCUGAGGGUCUGUAGCUCUAAAACAACAACUUGAGUUUCCUCUUCAGUUAACGGAUUCAGAUAUGUAUUUAUCUUUCUCUUCUUGCUUAUUUUAUAGUUAGGGACAUCUGUCCUGUUGAAUAUUUUACUUUCUCCAAACUGUUAAAUUCUUGGCUAUUUGAACUAGACUAGAUUGUGUUGUCAAAUCAAGAAUGGAUGUGCAUGUGCUUGUCUUAGUGGUACCACUGCUUUUUUGCAUCUUAACUGCAGUUAUUAUUGUUCGUAACUGUAGCCCUACCACUAUUACUAUCUUAUUAGCAUUGCAGUGUCUACAACUACUUCUGCUGUUCAGACUUUAGCUUUUGGCACAUUUAGGAUUUGUUCUUUGAGAACUGGGAGAUAAAUACUAAACACUGUAAUCUAUCAGUGCCUUUCUGAAUGCAGGAGAAAAGCAUGAAUGACUUGUCCAGUCUUCAUUCAGUAAAUCUCAUAACUUUGAAGUAGGAACAACAGGGUUGUGCUUUAGAGACUUACAGAAACUGUGUUUUCUAUCCUAUGAUUUUCCCCUCCCUCCCCCCAUCCUGCAAACCAACACUGAAAAUGCUAUGGUUUGUAGUCUUCUUGCUAACUGGAGAAGCCAAGGAUUUUUGUAGGUAUGGAGGCAAUGUGGGUUUUCUUCUCUUCCUUUUUUUUUUUUUGUCCUUUUUAGUGACUUGCCAUUAUAAGGUAGAAGUAUUUAAAAAAAACACCAAACCCCUCCCCACCCCCAAACCACUGGGGUUAUGUGGGUAUUGUUGUAAACUUUGUAACAAGUAAUAAGGAUUUUGUCUUGUUGCAAAUGAUUGCAUUAGUGUAACCUGCAAAUGCAUCCUAUAUUGAAUUUGAGCCUGAUGACUAAAACUAUCUAAAAUGCUCAGAAUGUUCAGUGUUUUAUAUGCAAAAGGUCAGUGCUUCACUUGAAAGAAAUCCUGUGGCUGCUGCAGUUAGCUGCUGUUGUGGCUGUAAUUUAGUAAAUCUCGUAGUUCAUUUUGUGUUCCUGAGAGAAUGUUAGGGGCAAGUUAUGUGUGUGGUGGGUGGGAGGGCGGGGAGGGCGGGAAGCGAUGACUUACAACAUACAUGUGUGAUUGCAGUAGUGAUUGUUGCUUUAUGUGACUUGCUUUUAAAUUUUAUUUUGUUAACCUAGAAAGUCAAUACAUCAUCAAGUUGCAUCUGUACAAGACUAUCAGCUCCUUGUGCUUUUUAACACAUUAUGCAAAAUUUAUAAGACAGGAGGAGCAAUAUUUGCAAAACUAAACAUCCUAAGUUUUUACCAACUAUGUUUUUAAAAAAAACUAAUCUAUACAAUAGCAGCAUGUCUAUAACAGCAGGAAGUGCAGACAGUCUAGUACUGACUUGAAAAAGCUUAACCGUUAAUUUUGACAGGCAAUAAAAACUCCUAAGAAUUAUAGCUGUUCGAAAUGUGUUCUGAACUGGCUUUGAAAUAUGUUCUGUGGCAGGGAAGUGAAUUGAAUAAUUGGGUUUUGUUGCCUUUUCUUAAUUGAUAGUACAAAAAUUAAGAUCUGUGGUUAUAAAGCCAUGGAAGGCUGUAUGUAUCCUUUUUGUUGAAACCCUUACUUAAUUGGCUUUGUUUGUUCUUACCAGGAAAAAUUUUCUGAUCCUGCUAUUAAACUACAUUAUCUUAGGGUUUAUAGUCAUACAACAAAUCUUUUGACACUUUAAAUUUUUUAAAAAUUUUUAUUUAUUUGCAGAUUUUUGAUAGGUUUUUAUGUAUUUUACUUUCUUCUGGAGCUUCCUUAAGAGGUUGUGUAGCACCUGCACUGAAAACUAUCUGUAAACGUAAAAGUAAAAAUGAACAUAACAUGUAAAUUCCUCGAAUCACUACAAGGAAGAAUGGAUUUGAGCUUCAUUCUCGAAUAAAAAAUGACCAAACGGACAUAUUUCAAACACAAUCUUUAGCUCAGUUUAUUUUGGAUAGAGCUGCUUUUUUAGUAAGAAAGGGCUCAAAAACAACAAAGGUGUUGACUUUAGUUACAUUGUGGUGUAAUAUUCCAGCACCUUCGGGGGAAAAUAAAAUGGUAUAUAAAUGAGCUUGGGCAAUAACAAAUUGUCUGUACUUGUUUUCAUAGUUUAAUGGCUAAAGCUCUGAAGCUUUCAGUGAGAGAGUUGAGGUGUGGUUUUUAGUUUUUCUGUAUGGAUAGAGACACAAAAAAGCAUUAAAGGUUGGCAAACGCUGAACUGCACUGUGGUAUGAAGCGCAUUGCAUAUCCAUAGCACUGAAAUAUCAGUUUUCCAUUCCUGGGCUGAAAUUUGUUUCUACUGUUUUUUGCUUCAAGUGGUUGUAUUUGUUCUGAUUUCAUGUACACCAGAGUAACUGAUUUUGUUUUCUUGUGGGGUUACUUAACACCGAAUAAAAAUAUAAAAGGACA